AUGUCUAAUGUGGACUAUCCAACUAAUGUUCCUCCUAUAGUAUUUACAAAAAAAGGCAAUGAUUUGGCUAGGAACUUAAAGACGCUCAGUGAGGCUUUAUCACACGCAGAUAGUAAUGACGACAUUGGAGAACCGAAUAGGUACCAAUCUCUAUUUCAGCAUUUAACUGGAUCUCAAUUUUUAAAUUAUGAAAAUAACGAUGUUCGUGUUUAUCUUGCAUGUUGUAUUGCUGACUUACUUCGCAUUUUUGCCCCAACUGUACCUACUUGUGAAAGUUCUAAACUUAAGGAAAUUUUUAUUCUCGUUAUCGAUAGUUUGAAAGGCCUAGCCAAUCCUUCAGGACCCACGUUCCGUAAAUGUUUCUACUUAUUAGAGAAUAUAUCAACACUUAAAACUUUGCAUCUAUGUAAUGAGUUGCCUAGUGCCGAUGCGAACGAGGUCACACGCCACUUCCUCAAAACUUCAUUGGAGGUCGUGAAGAGUAAAGCAUGGGCUCCUCAACGUGAACGUUCCAUGGAAAUCAAUGAGGAGAAAGAAGAUGAUGACAAUGAUGAAUAUUCAUCGAGGAAAGAAAAGAUGAUUCAACUAUUUAUCCAAUUGAGCACGAAACUGUUGUCAGAUCUAGAUCAUGUGGAGAAUCAAGUUCUAGAUGUUCUAUUUUUCUAUAUCGUUAACCCUCAGAAGUCAAAUUUUCGAGAAUCGUAUAACAUAGCCCGAGCAAUAUUUCAAUCCCACACUUCUUUGGAGAGUGCCAUAGAAACGUUGUUGAUCAAAUCUUUAGUAGUGGGUGGAUUCCCAGAGGAGUGUGAAUUAGUCGGAAAUUGUAAAAGAAAGCUUCAUGAAGUGAUUAUUGAACUUCAUCUGAUUUCACCAGAACUCGUCAAUCCUGUAAUCCCUCAAUUGAGUGGUUUCCUCAGAGAUGAGGAUUUCCAGUCAAGGCUCUUCGCCACGAAAACUAUGAGCUGUCUUCUCGUCCAUCCAAAGUGUGACAUUGUUGAUUCCCAGCCAGAAGUUUGGAAGACUUACCUCAAUAGGCAAAGAGAUACCUCACGUGAAAUUCGAGAAGAGUUUGCCAAGCAAGCUUGUAAGAUUUUACUAACACAUUCUCAGGUGCGAGGGGAUUUAAGCCAAGGCCUUUUGCGAUUGUUGAGUGAUGCUGAAGAUGAAGUUAGAUUAGCUGCCUUAACUAGCGUAGUACAAGCAGCUCGUAGUAAGCUUGAAGCUGUCAAUGAAACACUCAUCUUGGCUUGUUGUCAACGAAUGGUGGAUAAGAAGCCAAACAUUCGGCACGAGGCUUUCUCUAAACUUCUAACCCUACAUUGUAAAGUAGUCUGUGGAGAGAAUUACACAGAAUCCGAUAGACAAGUCGUAACCAUCAUUCCCGAGAAAGCUUUAUGUUUAUAUCUGAGAUAUACUUCUGCUAAAAUGGCUGAGUAUAAGGAGGAAGGAACCAUGCUUGAACGAUAUUUCUACGCUCUGAUCAUUCCAAGAACGAUGGACCCUAAGAAACGAAUUCCAUUUAUGGUGAACCUCUACUAUAAACUCAAUCAAUAUGCAAGAGAAGCUUUUACUUGUAUAAUUAGUCGUAAUGCAGCCUAUAGAAGAAUAGUUCGGGAAAUCCUUGAUUUGAUCUCUAAAGACGAUAAAGGCCUCGAUAAAGCUAAACAGAUUGAUAGCAAAAUUGAGAGAGUAGCUUCAGUUCAAACUGAUGUUAAUCAGUUCACACUUGCCAUGCGACAAUUUACUAACAUUCUUGCAACUGAGCCGAAAUCUUUCAAUUUGACUCUCAAAGUAGUAGGAUUAGAGUAUACUUUGGACGAAAUUGAGAAGAGCGGGAAAGAGUUGCUCAACUUCAUUGCUAGUCGAAACCUGCCUAAAGAGCAGCUCAAAAUCAUCAGAUACUUCAUAGAAAGAUUCGUUUGUUUUGUUAUGGACAACGAGUCAGCUCACGAUCUCGUGCGAACCGUAAUAAACGUAGAUCGAGAUGCUACUUGUGGAAAAACUGAUGGAGAUGAGAGAAUUCGUUCUGCUCUUUCUCUUCUUCUUUCGUGGACGGACGGCUUUCCUCACCUGUUCCUCGAGGAGAAAACUCUUAAAACAGCACUGUCUUUACUAACGUCUUCUAACCCUUGUACAAUUGAAGUCGGUGUGAAGUUUUAUUCACUAAUGUUCUCGAAGUACGCCGAUAAAAUGAAAGAGCGAGCAUGUUUCUCUGAAAUUCAAGAUCUCACUUGGCGUUACAUUGCUAGUAACGAUCCUUACUUACACCAUGUUUCUAAGCUGGCUUGCAAGCUUGCCUGUAAAUUCGAAGAAAAAGAAGUCCUCAGUGGUCCAAAUGGUCGAUUCUCUGAAAUCAUUCCGCAAUUAGUUGAGCGUUUGAAUAUCGAUGAUCCAGGAUGUUUGAAUGCUCUUAGAGUGUUAUCAUUUAUAAAUAGCCGAUUACCUACUCCUGAAUUCGCGGCAACUAUUAAAGAACUCAUUCCUAACACAAUACUUAAAUUAAUCCUUAGUAACCGAACUAGUGAAGAUGACCCAGUCGAUUUAGAUUUAGAUGAUCAGAAAGAGCUGAAGAAGCAAAAAAUGCCAAAAUAUACUUUACCCAAAAUUCACGCACUGAAGCUUCUCUGUCGUUGUCUAAACGGAGAUGCUGAUUAUGAUCCAAUAGCUGCCAAAACAUUGAACAUCCUAGUAGGAAUAUUGAAGAAUGGUGGCAAUAUUCAUUGUCCGAAAGAUAGAAUCUGUAAUAUCGAGAAAGCUGUUCUGAGAGGAACUGCUGGAUCUUGUGUUCUUCAAAUAUGCAAUCGUUUGAAAUACUGUAAAAUGCUCAAUUGCGAAACUUUCAGCAACCUGGCUUAUUUAAUAAUAGACCCCAGUGCUCCCGUUAGAUCACAUUUUGAACAACGUUUGAUAAAGGGAUUGAGGAGAACAAGAUUACCAACUCAAUUUCUAUCUAUCUUCAGUUUAGUGCCAACCCUAGAAAUUGAAGGCGAAGCUGCUCAAACACAUCAAGCAAACCUUCAGAGACAAUUGGUUCAAACCCUUUCUACCCGGGUGAACGCUCUUAGCGUUUCAACUUUCCCUGAAAAACUCAGACCUUUCUACCAAGCCGAAUAUGCUAUUGCUUUUAGUAUCCUUCUCUUAUCGGAGAACCCGUUGUAUAAAAAAUACGAUGAUAUUGAGUCCUUACGUUUCCUGCAAGAAUCUCUUUGGUUCGUCAUCGAAGCCUUUGUAAUAAACAAGAGCUUCUAUAACUUUGAGUUGAUCUUCCGAAGUUUGGAACACCUGAGGCUUUCUACCAACGCGCAGGCUGAAGCGAAAGUUGCUCAGAAAAAAUUGAGCAGGACCAAGUGUGAUGAAUUGAACAGAAAACUAUGGGCUCUGACAGACCUGGCAAUCAUCAUGAUUCUAUAUAGAGGCAAAAUACAAACCAAAAAUGAUCCCGUAACACCUAUGCUACCUAAAUCCGUUUUUGGCACAUUGAAGAAUGGAAGUGAAAAGGUUUUUGCUCCUGAAUCCAUGAUAGAAGAAGAAAAGAAAAGAAAAGGACGAAUACCGCAUAAAGUGAAAAGACCUCUGGGUUGCAACACUGUCAACAAAGUCAACGUGAUGACCAUCACUGAAGAUGAUGAUGAUGAUGAUGAUGAAAAUGAGAACGAAAACGAGAACGAAGAUAGAAAUACUACGCUUGAUGUUCCUGAAGAUUCAGAAAAUGACGAUUUUGUUGAAGUGAAAACGAAGAGGACACGUAGGUCUACGAAAGAAGCGGCGCCACCGGUGGAAAAGAAGGAAAACACUCCUCAGAAGAGAACUUCCUCUCGUAAAAGAGUGGCUGCUGGAAAGUCAGUGAAUGAAAGUGAAAAGGCCUCUGAAUCCGUGACUGAAGAAGUGAAGAAGAGGAAAGGACGAUUACCUCCUAAAGUGAAAAGUCCUUCUGGUUCUAAUGCUAGCAAAGUGAAUGUGUCGUCCGUUGCUGAAGAUGAUGAUGAUGAUGAUGCUGAGAAUGAAAAUGCAGAUACUGCUCCUGAAGAAUCGGAAAAUGAAGAUUUCGUCCAAGUUAAAGCAAAGAGGACUCGAAGGUCCGCUAAAGAGGCUGAGCCCGUGGAAAAGAAAAAGAGUUCUCCUCAAAAAAGAACUUCAUCUCGUAAACGACUAACUCCUGCUAGCAAAAAAUCUAAUAUUAAAGAAACGUCUCCUGUGUCACCUGUUGCUAAAAGAUCUCUGCGGAGUCGAAAAUGA